GAGUUUCAUAUACACUAAAGACCCCCUAACAAUAAUCCGAAGUCAAAUUCUCUGCCUCUCUCAUGUAUGCUCAAUGUAAGCCAGCGCCUGGACUAUCCUACUUUGUGAUAAAACGCAGCUCUCUACAUAUCAGUUUGAAUUCGUUAUAGCGUUCGGAAUCACGGCCCCUGGAGUCUAUUAUUUACUUAACAAAUUCCUUUUAGUCUGGCAGCGAUAAACUGGCGGGUUCCAAUACUUGUAAGUUGGUUAUUUGCAGUUAGUAUUGAACUGUAUGGAUGAUUGGAUUUUGUUACUUCACGGAGUUUUUCCUGUGUUUUCCCUUUCAAUAGUUCAAGUUCCGAUCUUCCUUUCUUACUUUCUCUCUUAUAUUCUAGCUUUAUUUUAAUACCAUAGGUACAUUUUUAUUAUAAAUCCAAAUUAUAAUAUUAUAAAGCGAGAGGAACCAGCAUGUUUCAAUGCGAAAACUGUGAUGCCACAUUUCAUGGCAGGAGCCAAUUUCUUGUCCACAUUUCAAAUAGAAAUUGCACGGGCGUGAAAUCGACUUACAACAGUGAUGAGGAAUCUGAAGAAGUUUAUGACACUGACAAAGACCCUAAUUGGUCACCAUCAUCACUUAAAGAUUCUACAAUUCCAUUGGCUGUACCUAUGUCUUCACCUAUAACUGAAGAGCAGAUUAAAGAAGCUGCAGUUUUGGAAAAUAUAAUUUUUGAUGAUGAUGAUGAUUUCGAUGAGAUGGAUGGAAAUUCCAAACCUUCUUUCAAAAGAAAGUUGUUCCUAAACGAAGAGAUGGAAACUGAUGACAAGAAUUCUCAAUCUACUGAAAUACAAAACAUUCAAAAAAAGAUUCAAGAAUGUAAGAGUGACAGAAAGCUGGCAAUCAGAAGUGGGAAGAAAAGCAAAGGAAGAAGACUCAACCGACGAAUUUCAAAACUUCAAAAGUCAAUGGAAAGUCCUGACAAUUCUUCUUCAACCACCACAAGCCCCACCACUACCACCACCACCACCACUACCACUACAGCCACCACCGGUACCGAUACACCAAACAAAAAAAUUGAGCGUAAGCAGAACUACUGCUUGUAUUGUGAGAAAAUGGUAAAGAAGUUUGGUGAGCACCUGCAGAAAACGCAUCCUGAUAAGCCUGAAGGCUUCAAAUAGAUUGAAUUAAGUUAUUUUAAUGAGAGCAUUUAUUCAAAGGAGAGGUGCACAGAGGUGCGUGAAGCUACUACCUCGUUGUGAAGAACAGACCGUUGGGUGUGUACUUCAGCGACUCGAGUGACAGUUUGUAUUGUAGCUCACAGGACUAAUAUUUUGUUAUUGACCAAAGAGCUCAGCAAAUCUGACAAUGAGUGUACUGAGGCUACAGACCGUUAGGUGUGUGUCAUAACCCCCCAUGGGCAAUUCUCCUGUCGAAUAAUGUUGUAGAAAUUCACUUAGACCGCGGGACUAUAUUUUAUUAUAGAACUAUUGGACUAUUGUGGAUUUCCACAUUUCUACAUGAGAAUAAUCUUUCUUCACUUUGAGCCUACAAAUUAAAAUGAAUUACAUAUUUAAAUUCAAAUGAAAUUAUAUUUGGGUUAUUCUCUUUCCCAUAGUUAUCGUCUUGUUCAGAAUUCACAAUAAUUUUAUU